AUGGUAAGACUAUGGCUCAAAGAAGGAAACCAAAUCACAGCGACUCAGACGAAGAGAUACCUCUGUGAAGUCUCUCGGACGCUUACUUAUUUGCCCAACAUCGCCAUCGCUGGUCAGGGUAUCGCCAAGGUACUGACAGCUACCAAACUCCCCAUCAAGGCUAGCGAAUCUUCGAGUUGCUCGCCUUUCUCCAUCAACACAGAAGGUUUGAGUGAUGACUUGAAGCUGAUAUCAGGCCAUCGACUUCUGCAGCUUGAACACGCAGGCCCUGACAUGUGCAGGCGAUUUGGCUCACGGCCUGAUGCACGAAUACUGUUUGAACCAGAUGUCUGA